AGCCCCAGUGUGCGCCCGAGCGGCGGCUGCCGAGGUUGCCUUGGCUGGAGGCGGCCGGCGGGAGCGGGAGGGCUGGAGGGGCGUGAGAUCGGGAGACCCCUGAAAGACCAGCGACACUUCGGAGCGGUGCCUGGGGAGGCCUGGGGUCGGGGCGCGGGAGAAUUUACUUGCACUCGCAGAGGGAGCGCGCGGGGUUGGUCCCAUGGCCGGGACUCGGAGCCGCGAUCCUGGGGGAGCCUCUGGGAUUUGCCACCUUCUAGGCUGCCUGCUCGCCGGACUGCUCUUCUCACGGACCGUCGCCUUCAAUCUGGACGUGAUGGGCGCCUUGCGCAAGGAGGGCGAGCCGGGCAGCCUUUUCGGCUUCUCUGUGGCCCUGCACCGGCAGUUACAGCCCCGACCCCAGAGCUGGCUGCUGGUGGGUGCUCCCCAGGCUCUGGCUCUUCCUGGGCAGCAGGCGAAUCGCACUGGAGGCCUGUUCGCUUGCCCGGUGAGCCUGGAGGAGACUGACUGCUACAGAGUGGACAUUGACCAGGGAGCUGAUGUGCAAAAGGAAAGCAAGGAGAACCAGUGGUUGGGAGUCAGUGUUCGGAGCCAGGGGCCUGGGGGCAAGAUUGUUACCUGUGCACACCUGUAUGAGGCAAGGCAGCGAGUGGACCAGAUCCUGGAGACACGGGACGUGAUUGGUCGCUGUUUCGUGCUGAGCCAGGACCUGGCAAUCCACGACGAGUUGGAUGGUGGAGAAUGGAAGUUCUGUGAGGGGCGCCCCCAAGGCCACGAACAAUUUGGAUUCUGCCAGCAGGGCACAGCUGCCGCCUUCUCCCCUGACAACCACUACCUUCUCUUUGGGGCCCCAGGCACCUACAAUUGGAAGGGCACAGCCAGGGUGGAGCUCUGUGUGCAGAGCUCAGCGGACCUGGCACACCUGGACGACGGGCCCUACGAGGCGGGGGGUGAGAAGGAGCAGGACCCCCGUCUCAUCCCAGUCCCUGCCAACAGCUACUUUGGGUUGCUUUUUGUGACCAACAUUGAUAGCUCAGACCCUGACCAGCUGGUGUAUAAAACUUUGGACCCUGCUGACCGGCUUCCAGGACCAGCCAGAGACUUGGCCCUGAAUAGCUACUUAGGUUUCUCCAUCGACUCUGGGAAGGGUCUGGUGCGUGCAGAAGAGCUGAGCUUUGUGGCAGGGGCCCCCCGUGCCAACCACAAGGGUGCUGUGGUCAUUCUGCGCAAGGACAGUGCCAGUCGCCUGGUGCCUGAAGUUAUGCUGUCUGGGGAGCACCUGACCUCUGGCUUUGGCUACUCUCUGGCUGUGGCCGAUCUCAACAAUGAUGGCUGGCCAGACCUGAUAGUGGGUGCCCCCUACUUCUUUGAGCGCCAAGAAGAGCUGGGGGGUGCUGUAUAUGUGUACCUGAACCAGGGCGGUCACUGGGCUGGGAUCUCCCCUCUCCGGCUCUGUGGCUCGCCCGACUCAAUGUUUGGGAUCAGCCUGGCUGUCCUGGGGGACCUCAACCAAGAUGGCUUCUCAGAUAUUGCUGUGGGUGCUCCCUUUGAUGGGGAUGGGAAGGUCUUUAUCUACCAUGGGAGCAGCCUGGGGGUUGUCACCAAGCCUUCACAGGUGCUGGAGGGUGAGGCCGUGGGCGUCCGGAGCUUUGGCUACUCACUCUCAGGUGGUCUGGAUGUCGAUGGGAACCAUUAUCCUGACCUGCUGGUGGGCUCUCUGGCCGACACCGCUGUGCUCUUUAGGGCCAGACCUGUCCUCCAUGUCUCCCAUGAGGUCUUUAUUGCUCCACGAGCCAUUGACCUAGAGCAGCCCAACUGCCCUGGUGGCCACUCGGUCUGUGUGGACCUAAGGAUCUGUUUCAGUUACAUUGCGACCCCCAGCAGCUACAGCCCUAUUGUGGCCCUGGAUUAUGUGUUAGACGGGGACACAGACCGGAGACUCCGGGGCCAGGUCCCCCGUGUGACCUUCCUGAGCCGUAGCCCAAAUGACCCCAAGCAUCAGGCCUCAGGCACGGUGUGGCUAAAGCACCAGCAUGACCGAGCCUGUGGAGACACCAUGUUCCAGCUACAGGAGAAUGUGAAAGACAAGCUUCGGGCCAUUGUGGUGACUUUGUCCUAUAGUCUCCAGACCCCUCGGCUCCGGCGACAGGCUCCUGGCCAGGGGCUGCCCCCAGUGGCCCCCAUCCUCAAUGCCCACCAGCCCAGAACCCAGCGGGCAGAGAUCCACUUCCUGAAGCAAGGCUGUGGUGAAGACAAGGUGUGCCAGAGCAACCUGCAGCUGGUCCGGGCCCGCUUCUGCACCCGGGUCAGCGACACGGAAUUCCAGCCUCUGCCCAUGGAUGCGGAUGGGAUGACAGCCCUGUUUGCACUGAGUGGGCAGCCAGUCCUUGGCCUGGAGCUAGUGGUUACCAACCUGCCCUCAGACCCAGCCAGGCCACAGGCCGACGGGGAUGACGCCCAUGAGGCCCAGCUCCUGGUCACCCUCCCGGCCUCACUGCACUACUCAGGGGUUCGGGCCCUGGACUCUGCGGAGAAACCUCUCUGCCUGUCUAACGAGAAUGCCUCCCAUGUCGAGUGUGAGCUGGGGAACCCCAUGAAGAGAGGUGCCCAGGUCACCUUCUACCUCAUCCUGAGCACCUCAGGGAUCACCAUUGAGACCACGGAGCUGGAGGUGGGGCUGCUGUUGGCCACGAUCAGUGAGCAGGAGCUGCAUCCCACCUCCACUCGGGCACGGGUCUUCAUUGAGCUGCUACUGUCCAUUGCGGGGGUGGCCACUCCCCAGCAACUCUUCUUCUCUGGGAUGGUGAGGGGUGAGGCAGCCAUGCGGUCUGAGCGCGAUGUGGGCAGCAAGGUCAAGUAUGAAGUCACGGUCUCCAACCAAGGCCAGUCGCUUAACACCCUGGGCUCUGCCUUCCUUAACAUCAUGUGGCCCCACGAGAUUGCCAAUGGGAAGUGGCUGCUGUACCCCAUGCGAGUGGAGCUGGAGGGCCCUGGGCAGAAAGGACUCUGUUCCCCGAGGCCCAACAUCCUCCACCUGGAUGUGGACAGCAGGGAUCGGAGGCGGCGGGAGCUGGAGCUGCCAGAGCAUCAGGAGUCUCACGAGCAGCCAGAGCCCAGCACGUCCUGGUGGCCAGUGUCCUCUGUUGAGAAGAGGAAGAACAUUACCCUGGACUGCGCUCGGGGCACAGCCAACUGUGUGGUGUUCAGUUGCCCACUGUACACGUUCAACCGUGUGGCCGUGCUGCACGUCUGGGGCCGCCUCUGGAAUAGCACCUUUCUGGAGGAAUACUCUGCUGUGAAGUCCCUGGAAGUGAUUGUCCGAGCCAACAUCACGGUUAAGUCCUCCAUCAAGAACUUGCUGCUCAGAGAUGCCUCCACAGUGAUCCCAGUGAUGGUAUACUUGGACCCCAUGGCUGUGGUGGCAGAAGGAGUCCCCUGGUGGGUCAUCCUCCUGGCUGUCUUGGCUGGGCUGCUGGUGCUGGCACUGCUGGUGCUGCUCCUGUGGAAGAUGGGAUUCUUCAAGCGGGCGAAGUACCCCGAGGCCACCGUGCCCCAGUACCACGCGGUGAAGAUUCCCCGGGAAGACCGACAGCAGUUCAAAGAGGAGAAGACGGGAACCAUCUUGAGGAACAACUGGGGCAGCCCCCGGCGGGAGGGCCCCGACGCACACCCCAUCCUAGCUGCUGAUGGGUACCCCGAGCUGGGCCCUGAUGGGCAUCCUGUGCCAGGCACUGCCUAGCGUCUUCUGUCCCAGCCUGGCCUACGGUCCCCUCCGCUCCUUCCCUGGGUGAAGAGGGGAGAGUGGGUUGCUCAUGUCACAUCAAGAUUUGGCAGGAUCUGCUUCCUCAGGGGUGCAGCCCUCUCCCAUCCGUGAGAACUCCUGCCCCCCCAGCUUUCCCUUAGGCUGCUGUGUGAUGAGAGGGCAUAAAUCAGGGAUAGGUGGGGCUGUGGGGUAGGGUGAGAGGGGCAGGGAGGUCCUGAUGCAAAGGUGGGGAGAAGGGAUCCUAAUCCCCCCUUUCCCAUCACCCUGUAUUAACGGACCCCAAGGACCUGUCUCCCUGAAAGUGCCUUAGCCUAGAGGGUUGGGGAGGAGGUUGUGUCACUGACUCAGGGACUCCUCCCGCCCGAGUCCCCCCUUCCCCAACCUUAGUUCGCUGUAUCAGUCUAGUGGGUUUUGUCUAUUUAUUAAAAAAUAUCUGAGGACAAAA